GUUUUCUCUGUUUGCGUAUGUGUUGAAAAGAUACGGACACAUAUAAAGACAAUACAGCCAGAGGAAAAAAGACAGAUGUGUAAAUAACAGUGAACACGUAUUAGGCACUUUAUACCAACAACCAGCAGACUAUCCUCUUCUUCAAACAAAAACAACGAGUAGCAUCUAGCAUACAGACCAAAUAGAGAAAACCACAGGCCUUUAAAUAGAUGGCUGAAAAAGAGAAGUGUGAAGUGGACAGCGAUACGCAGAGGGAGAAAGAGCGAGAGCAGAAGUUUACAUCAGUCUCUUUAAAAAGCAGAGUGGCAACCAGUGCCACCGUGGGACUGCAGUUAUCGCUCUGAGCUAACACGGGAUUUACUCACAGCAACAAUUUCACCUAGCAGGGAGGACAAAGGCAGGAGGAAGAAGAGGAAACGGAGGGCUUAAGAUAAAGGAAGAGGCAAAUCACUCGUAGAAAAACAGGGGGGCUCAUGGGAAACCUCCUGAAAGUGCUGGCUUGCGCCGAACUUGAGCAUGGCCCAAUAGUUUUCCUUGACUUUGAACAUGCCCAGCCCACGGAGGCAGAGACAGCAGUGUGGAACCAGGUCAGCGCUGUGCUGGAGGAGGCUCAUGGGAUCCUAGCCGAGCUGCAGUCCUAUAAUGGCGCGGGCCAGGAGAUACGAGAAGCCAUCCAGAACCCAGGCGACCUGGCUCUGCAGGAGAAGGCCUGGAAUGCAGUCUGCCCCCUGGUAGCCAAACUGAAGCGCUUCUACGAGUUUUCCCUCCGCCUGGAGAACGCCUUGCGCAGCCUGCUGGAGGCGCUGACGAGCCCGCCCUACGCUCCCAUGCAGCACCUGGAGAGAGAGCAGGCCCUGGCCAAACAGUUCGCUGAGAUCCUUCAUUUUACACUCAGCUUUGAUGAACUAAAGAUGACAAAUCCAGCCAUACAGAAUGACUUCAGCUACUACAGGAGGACUAUAAGUAGGAACAGGCUGAACAACCAGCAGCUGGAAGCGGAGAACGAGGUCAACAACGAGAUGGCCAAUCGGAUGUCCCUGUUCUACGCCGAAGCGACACCAAUGCUGAAGACUCUGAGUAACGCCACCACCAAGUUUGUUUCAGAGAAUAAGACCUUGCCCAUAGAGGACACCACAGACUGUCUGAGCACCAUGGCCUGUGUGUGCCGUGUGAUGCUGGAAACACCGGAGUACCGCUGUCGGUUCACCAACACAGACACCAUGCUGUUCUGCAUGAGGGUGAUGGUGGGAGUCAUCAUUCUCUACGACCAUGUUCACCCUGUCGGGGCUUUUGCCAAGACCUCCAAAAUCGACAUGAAGGGCUGCAUCAAGGUGCUGAAAGAGCAACCGUCCAACAGUGUGGAGGGACUUCUGAACGCACUGAGGUAUACGACACGGCAUCUAAACGAUGACAGCACCUCCAAACAAAUCAGGGCCCUCCUGCAAUGAGAAGGUGGAGAGAGGGAGGCAAGGAGCGCACUUGAAGGAGGAGAAAAAAGAAGACGAGGAAGGAAACAAACGGCAGUGGCUGAUAAACCUGUUUGUUUACAACGAACAAAGAAAAUCUCCAGGUUUUAAGGGAAACCUGAUGAUAAUAAGAAGAGGAAAAUAAUGAUAUAUAUAUUGUCAGCUGUUCAUCAUUCUGUCUCUCAUUUUGUAAAGUAAGAAAAGAGAAAAAAAAAAAAAGAA